AUGCUCAGCAGCAGCGGCGGUUCGCCAGACCGUCUUCUUCUACCAGCCCUCGCAGCUCGAGAUGCCAACGCCGGCGCCGCGCUCUCCUCUGUCGACGGGUCCCCGACCUGGGACUUUUUGACAUGGGAUCCCGCGACGGCGGCGACCAGUAUUGGUGCGGACGCCACGUUCACGGACCUGGAGAUCGGAGCUGGUAAGAGUCUCACAGAUGCGAAAAAGGUGGAUCGGAUCGAGGAGCUCGAGAAGGCGCUCGAGGAGACCAUCAGGGAGCGUGACGAGCUGCGGGUGCGGCUCGCACGUCAGGAGGCCGAGACGAAGGCGCUGAAGAGCGUCAUGCGCAUGGGCAAGGAGUCGCCGUCGAAGGGGGACUGA